AUGGACGAAAUAAUAAAUCAAGUUAAAAGUACAAAAGGAGGAUAUGCGCUUACAACGGGCAUAAUCAAGAUUAUCUGUUUUGCCGAUGACGCCCUGAUUAUAGCCGAGAACGAAGACGAUUUGCAACGGCUCCUGAACGCAUUCUAUGUAAAAGCUAAAAAUCUCAACAUGCAAAUAUCCAUCACAAAAGCCAAAACCCUCAUCGUUUCCAAAGAACCAGUGAGAUGCAAACUUUCUCUGGAAAAUAAAGUUAUGUCAUUCGACUACCUAGGCAUACAAAUUACUUCAAGCCAAAAUAGAACAAAUGAAGUGAAUGGACAAGUGAAUAAAGCCAGCCGAAUAUCAGGUGCACUACGGGACAUCAUCUGGAAUAAUGCAUUUAUGAAUAAAAAGGCUAAAGUUAGGAUAUACAAAACUUGUGUUAGACCGGUAUUAACAUACGCUAUAGAAACAAGAGCUGACAACAAAAAAACUAAAAAUAUCAUUCGAACAACUGAAGUGAAAAUACUAAGAAACAUCUCAGGCUACACACUAAGAGAUAGGAAAAGAAACACUGACAUAAGGCACGAAUGUCAAGUAGAAGACAUUGUCAGGUGGGGACGUACGCGUAGAAGAGCUUGGAAUGAUCACGUGGACAGGAUGACUACGGGAAGACUAGCAAAAAUCGCUAGGGAUGGUAUACCACGGACACGACGCCCCUUACGAAGACCCCCAAAGAGAUGGAUGGAUUCGUGGUCAUCAAUGUCUCAAGAGAACUGA